CGCCGCGCAAAGUCGAGCGUGGUGGCGCUACCGCCGUCGGCGCGCGUAGGGCUGGAUACGUGAGGCUAGAAGGGCAUCGCAGCCCUCCAGGCAACCUGUGAGCUCAGCUGGCGCCGUCGCGCAGCCUCGCGCUCGAGCAAGCACAGCAACAAGGCACACAGCCUAGCAUAACCGUGACCUCGCCGCUCGCGCGGGGCCGCAGCGCAGCCCAGAACUCCUCGGGAGGAGCUUCAGGCCCCAAAGCGCGCCGCCGCCGAGCAAGAGCGCACGACACGCUCGGUGCUCGGAAACGCGUGGCCGGAAACGCCGAGGCGGUUCCGGGAAAAGAUGCCCCUCUCCCUCUUCGGCCGGUCGAGCCCCCGGCGCAAGAGCAGGAAACAGCACGAGGACGAGCCGAACACGGCGAAGAGCGACGAGCCCCUCCGGAAAAGCUGGUCCCGCUCGCUGUCGCGGACGUCGUCGCGAUUGACGCGGUCGUUGUCAGCCUUGUCGUUAGGUCGCUCUCGAUCUGAUGUCACCGCCUCCUCGUCCGUGAGCGACACGCGCGAGGCCGAGGACCGCUUUGAAGUGCUUGAGGAGAUUGGCAGAGGCGCGUUUUCCACCGUCGUAUUAGCGAGGAAGCGCCAACCCCCGGACGAGGGCUGCUUGUUUGCCAUGAAGGUCUGCCAGAAGAAGGAGCCCGGCAAAAAAGACCGGCGGAAGCCGCCCAAUUCGAAGGCCGAGCCGUUCAUCCUCGGGUUUCUGCAAUCGAAAGGAGGACCCUUCGUCAUCGACCUGCGCUACGCCUUCCAGGCGCAAGAUUCCUUCUACCUGGUCACGGACUACUUCUCGCGCGGUUCCUUGGAGACUUUAUUGAAAAGGAGACAGGUGUCCCUCGAGAGUUGUGUGGCUGCGUUUGCUGAGUUAGUUGUUGCUUUAACGUUCUUGCACGCGCACGGCGUCGUCCACCGGGACUGCAAGCCUUCGAACGUGUUGAUUGACGACCAGGUCCGUUUUCCGGCGUCCGUUCCUUCUCGAACUGCCGCGGCUCUCUCGCGAGGCGCGUAGAGUCUCUGAGGGCCACGCCGACGGCGUAUCGCGUCGACGCCAUCGACGCGACGCGCUGCGACGCCGUCGCUGCGCCCCUCACCCGUCACAAAACACAGGGCCACUGCGUCGUCGCCGACUUCGGCCUCGCGGCCCUCGGCAAGGACCCGCUCCAAGGGUGCCGGUCUUUUUGUGGCUCCGUCGAGUACAUGGCGCCGGAAAUCCUGCGGGGCCACGCCUACGGCGUCGCCGUCGACUGGUGGGCCCUUGGGAUCCUCGUCGGCGAAUUGGCCACUGGUAGUACACCCUUCCACGCGGAGACGCCGCGGCAGCUCAUGGCGUCUAUUCUCAAUGAUACGCCUUCCUUGCCCGAGGACGAGUCCUUGGCGGUGACGCUCGAAGCUCUCCUCGAGAAGGAGCCCCAUUCCCGACCUUUGGCGGACGACGUGCGGGCGGCGCCCGCGUUUGCUUCGACAGAUUGGCACGCCGUCGAGCAACUGCUAGCGCCGCCCUUCCCGGAAAUCGACUCAGAAUCAUUCUUUCCGGAGCCGUCGCCGGCCAUGGAGGUGUCGCGCGUGACGACUUCUCCAGAAAGUUCGCUGGAGGCGACGACGGCGCUGGAUCGGCGGCGCGUGCAUCGGACAAUGUCGGCACCUCUAAUGCCGCCGCCGCCCCCGCGGACGGGCGACACGGCGUCGCCGCGCGCGUGGGCGUCGCGGUCCCCUGCUGCGGUGGUGGAGAGUGAGUCGGAUGAUGAGGAUGAGGCUCAAUUCUACGCCGUCGAGGCCCCGACCAUGCCGCGGCCCGGCGCGGACCGUUACGGGAAGCCGCGGCUCGAGACGCUCGCCGUGGCCGAAUUCUAGCUACCACUUCUCUAGCCCUAUCCCUGUGAGUAAUAUGACUACAAUAUA